CAUCCUGUGCUAGUGCUUCAUAUUGAGCUCAUAUGGUCAGCUAACACGUCCAGAUCUUUAAUCAGUCAUCCUCUAUGUGUAUGCAAAGAAGCCUUUUCACACAGAUGUCCUUAGAGAUAAUAUGGAUCAGUCCGGAGUUCUCCUCUGGGUGAAAGCAGAACCCUUUAUAGUGGGCGCCUUGCAGGUCCCCCCUCCAUCCAAGUUCAGUCUUCACUAUCUCAGGAAGAUAUCCACCUAUGUGCGAACCCGGGCCACAGAGGGAGGUUACCCACGCCUGUCCUGGUCUACAUGGAGGCACAUUGCGUGUGGAAAGCUGCAGUUGGCUAAGGAUCUGGCAUGGCUUUACUUUGAAAUAUUUGAUAGUCUUGCGGUGAAGACACCGAAGGAGCGCCUGGAAUGGUCUGAGAUUCUGUCCAACUGCAUGUCUGAGGAUGAAGUCGAAAAGCAAAGAAAUCAGCUUUCAGUGGACACCCUACAGUUUCUGCUCUUCUUAUAUAUACAACAGUUAAACAAGGUCUCCCUGAGGACAUCUUUGAUUGGAGAAGAGUGGCCUAGUCCCAGACACAGAUCUCAGUCUCCUGACCUGACUGAAAAAUCCAGUUGUCAUAAUAAGAACUGGAAUGAUUACAGUCACCAAGCUUUUGUCUGUGAUCAUCUGUCAGAUCUCCUUGAACUGCUUAUAGAUCCAGAACAACUCACUGCAUCAUUUCAUUCGACCCAUAGUAGUCUAGUCUCUCGAGAAGCUGUUGUAGCACUCAGCUUUCUUAUUGAAGGUACAGUGAGUGGAGCCAGGAAGAUAUAUCCACUUUAUGAACUUGCACUGUGGCAACCACUGCAUGCAGAAAGUGGCUUCUCAAAGACCUCUAAGGCCUUUUUUUUCUACAAGCUGGAAGCCUGGUUGAGAGCCUGUUUAACUGGGAAUCCAUUUGGUAUAUCUGCUUGCCUCAAGUCUGGGAAGAAAUUGGCUUGGGCUCACCAAGUUGAAGGGACGACCAAAAGAGCUAAGAUUGCUUGUAAUACUCACGUGGCCCCUAGGAUGCACCGCCUGGUGGUGAUGAGCCAGGUUUACAAGCAGACACUGGCCAAGAGCUCAGAUACUCUGGUGGGGGCACAUGUAAAAAUUCAUCGUUGCAACGAGACUUUUGUAUAUCUGCUGUCUCCCUUACGAUCUGUGACAAUUGAGAAGUGCAGGAAUAGCACCUUCAUCCUGGGCCCUGUACAGACUGCUCUUCAUCUCCACAGCUGUGACAAUGUUAAAGUCAUUGCUGUUUGCCAUCGUCUGUCCAUCUCUUCUACAACAGGUUGCAUCUUUCACAUUCUGACGCCUACACGCCCACUUAUUCUCUCUGGGAACCAGAGAGUAACUUUUGCCCCCUUUCAUACCCAUUACCCAAUGCUGGAGGACCACAUGGCCAGGACUGGCCUUGCUACAGUGCCUAACUAUUGGGAUAAUCCCAUGAUUGUGUGCAGAGAGAACAGCAGCGCAAGUGUCUUCCGACUCUUAGCACCAUGUGAAUUCUAUGUGUUUAUUAUUCCCUUUGAAAUGGAAGGGGACACAACAGAGAUACCUGGGGGUCUUCCAUCUGCAUAUCAGAAAGCACUGGGCCAAAGAGAAAAGAAGAUACAGACCUGGCAGAAAACUGUGAAGGAGGCUCGUUUGACAAAGGAUCAAAGGAAGCAGUUCCAGGUACUUGUGGAAAACAAGUUUUAUGAGUGGUUGAUUAAUACAGGACAUCGUCAGCAGCUGGACAGUCUUGUGCCCCCUGCAGCAGGCUCCAAACAAGCAGCAGGAUAA